UGAGCUUUUCAUCUCAACGACAUGUAGGAACUACAGGUGAUCUGAAUUAUAGUUUCAUAUAUAUUGCCCAUCCUCGAGCAGUUUCAGGUUUAUCUUGGAGGAAGACUAGCAAAUUUAUGCCUAAAGACUCAGUUGCCAAUAUGCUAGUGACUUCCUGCCGUGAUAACAUUUGCCGUAUUUGGGUACAGACAUUGAUGCCUGAAGAUGGUUUAGUAGAUCUGCAACAAAUAGAAGCAAUUGCCAAUCAAAAUCUCAGAGUCCAGACACAAAGGCAUAGGCGAAAGAUUAUGCAAAGAUUAAAGCACAUGAAAUCAUUUAAUCACUUUAAGAAACAUCAAGCUAGUCAGUUUACAGAAGAUCCUCAUGAACUUAUUGCUGUUCUUCCUAGUACAUAUAGUGUACACGAUUUUCAUAGUUUUGGUAUUCAAGGUUCUGGUGUAACACCAAGUUUACAUUUUCAUUUAGCUGGAAGCAUUAAUGCAGAAAAUGAUAUACCAUUAGUACCAAGUUUGAGUGGAGCACAUAAUGAACCAAAUUUUGUGUUACAUUGGUUAAAUAAUAAGGAAAUGACAUUCACCCAUGCUGCUGAGCAUUUGCUGCAAGAGGUCAGUGAUAAAGUUCUGCAGAUGCAAAACAAGACUCUUGGUAAUCUGGAAACUGAUACUGAGAAUUUUGAAAAUGGAGGGAAAUCUAAUCUUAUGAAUUUAAGAAAAAGCAGCAAUCCUAAGACUGAUUCACCUGAAGCUAUUAAUGAAUUGUUAGGUAGCAAACAAAGUUCUCCAUCAGCAUCAUCAUCUACAUCAAUCGCUACAGACACAUCAAAUUCUCAAUCUCAG